UGGGAGGGGCCGGAAGGCGGUUUCAGCCCGCGGACUCCGGGAUUUGGGGCUCUGCGUCGGUCCCCCGGGAAUGUGGAGAGCUGGCAGCAUGUCGGCGGAACUGGGAGUCGGGUUCGCACUGCGGGCAGUGAACGAGCGCGUGCAGCAGGCAGUGGCGCGGCGGCCGCGGGAUCUCCCAGCCAUCCAGCCCCGGCUAGUAGCAGUCAGCAAAACCAAACCUGCAGACAUGGUGAUUGAGGCCUACAGUCAUGGCCAGCGCACCUUCGGGGAGAACUAUGUUCAGGAACUGCUAGAAAAAGCAUCAAAUCCUAAAAUUCUGUCUUCGUGUCCUGAGAUCAAAUGGCACUUCAUUGGCCACCUACAGAAACAAAAUGUCAACAAAUUGAUGGCUGUCCCCAAUCUCUUCAUGCUGGAAACAGUGGAUUCUGUGAAGUUGGCAGAUAAAGUAAACAGUUCCUGGCAGAAGAAAGGUUCUCCUGAAAGGUUAAAGGUCAUGAUCCAGAUUAACACCAGUGGAGAGGAAAGUAAACACGGCCUUCCACCUUCAGAGACGAUCACCAUGGUAGAGCAUAUAAAUGCCAAGUGUCCCAGCCUGGAGUUCGUGGGACUGAUGACCAUAGGAAGCUUCGGACAUGAUCUCAGUCAAGGACCAAAUCCAGACUUCCAGGUGUUACUGUCCCUCCGGGAGGAGCUGUGCAAAGAGCUGAACAUCCCUGCUGACCAGGUGGAACUGAGCAUGGGCAUGUCCAUGGACUUCCAGCAUGCGAUUGAAGUAGGAUCUACGAAUGUCCGAAUAGGAAGCACCAUUUUUGGAGAGCGGGAUUACUCAAAGAAAGCUGUCCCAGACAAGCCCACAGCAGACUUGAAGGCCCCAGUGGAGAUGGCACAGGACCACUGAGUGAAGGAACAGCCUGCAAGACUAACUAUGCACUAACCUAGGUUUUCAUUUUGAUAUUCCCUAUGUUACAGCACAGUCAUGUUCUCCUGCAGCCUGGAGGGAGUGCUAAUGAUGUGUGUUAAUGGAAAUCAUCUGUGCUUAGUCUCUGACGUAGGAGCUCCCUCCAAGCAGUGGCUUUGAUUGAAUUUGUGAAAUUCAGGCACUUCUGCAGAACACAUACCAAAUCAAUAGCCAGGAAUUGAGUUCAAUAAUGAAUUCUUCCCAGGAACACGAACCAGUCUGUGGAUGCCUUUUCAUCAGUAUGUCACUGAUGCCUAUAAUUGUGGAAGUCAGAGGGAUUCCCUUGUGUCAUCCCACUUGAACAGGGCAUUCCCAUGGUUGACAGCUCCCUACAGGCUCCUGCUACAUCAUCCAAAGUGCUGCUCUGAAACAAGGUGAUUUCUGCCCCCAGAUUCUACCCCAGCCGGUAGAUAUGUGAAGAUAUUCUCUACUCUGGAGUGGCAGCAGGGAACUUCAUGAAAUGGCUCAAGUUAAUUCUCCAAACACAAAUUGAUGCUUGGUGGGCAUGGUGGCUCCCACCUUUAAUCCCAGCACUUUGGGAAGCUGAGGUCUCGCAGAUUCCUUACCUGUCCUCCCCAGAAGCCAUUCUGCUCUGCAGCUUCAGAGCUGAGCUCUGGCCCAGCUGCCAGUCUCCAAAAUAAAACUUUGAAACCAAAAAGGAGGAUCACUUGAGACCAGGAGUUGAGACCAGC